AUGACUCACCCUAACAAACGCCAAUCACUACGAAGACAGAAAAAGGCGCAGAGGAUUUGUGAGGAGAUUGGCGCUAACAAAGAUCGCCUAGAACAAAAACCAGUGCGAGGUUUACGUGAGGUGACGAAGAUACCGAUCAACUUGACGACUAAACGGUUUGCUCAGCUUCAAGUUGCUACAACGCGGUUCAAGGAGGAGCAAAAUGUGGAGUUGUCCUCCGUCGAUGUUCAGGGUGAAUACAAGUACGACAAAGAAGCCAAAGCUUUGAUCGGACUUGGAUCGGACACUGCCCAGGCUUGUGUCUACCAGACUACCUCCGCCGUACUUCACGAUGGUCGCUUCUGA